UCCAUGGUCCGAGGCCUCAGCUCGGAAGAUGCCGCCAUCCACAGAUACGACGAUACACAACAGAUAGCUAUCCAACAGCAGAAACUAUGGCUUCGCAACCCGCACUUUUUCAAGCAAGUCCGAGUAUCGGCGCUUGCCUUAUUUAAGAUGACGCUCCAUUGCCGGUCGGGCUCGAGCCUUGAAGUAAUGGGGAUGCUGCAGGGCAAAACUAUUGGCGACGCGUUUAUCGUACUGGAUACAUUUCCUCUUCCAGUUGAGGGUACAGAGACUCGCGUUAAUGCGCAAGCUGAGGCCUAUGAAUACAUGGUGGAGUUCGUGCAAACCAGUAGGCUUGCUGGUCGUCGAGAGUACGUGAUUGGUUGGUACCAUAGUCACCCUGGGUAUGGAUGUUGGAUGUCAGGAAUUGACUGCUCAACCCAGAUGCUGAAUCAACAGUACACAGAACCUUUCCUUGCAAUCGUUAUCGAUCCUGUGCGCACUUGUGCGACUGGGACGGUUGAAAUAGGAUCGUUUCGAACCUACCCGCCUGGAUACAACCCCCCAAUAUCAGCACAACCAAAGUAUCAGACAAUUCCGAAAAGCAAGAUCGAGGACUAUGGAGUUCAUUCAAGCCGUUACUAUUCUCUGAGCGUGCAUUUCUUCCAAACGAAUAUUCUUUCCAUCAUGCUUGAUGCGCUGUGCAACCGUUACUGGUCGGGGACGAUCGCAUCUUCCCCGUUACUGAGCAACAAACCCUUUAUCACCGGCCAGCUUCUUGACUUGAAGAUCAAGAUGGACUCCGCCGACUUACUGAUCCCUGGAAAAGCUUGGGACUUUGUCACAGGAAUCGGCAGGACACGAGGAUGGAAAACUAGCGUCAAAACGAAAGCUCGCGUCAAAUGCGACGGCGCCAGGGUUGCUGUUGAACAUGCGAAAGAUGCGGCGUUGAGCAUCAUAAAGUCUACAGUGUUUCUUUGCACGCUCAAUCGGUGAGGUGGGAAUGGUGCGUGCCGAAAAUGAAAAUAGUUUUCUUGCGCACACAAACAUGCGGGGGGAAACACUGCUGGUACUACAGAGGCGUCGUAACUGAUUCGUCGAGAGCUUCAAGAUGCAUGCUCAUAAAGAGUCCAAUGUCCCCUUUCGAAUGAGGUCUGAACGGAACCCUCUGUCUUGUCGUGUCUUUCUAGUUCAUUCUACGCCACUGGCGGAGGUGCAACUGCAGACUCCGGCUCGAGGUGCGCUACCCGUGAAGUACCUAUCAGUCGUUCCUGGAGAUGAAAUCGUUCGUAAUAUAUCGAUUCAAGGGAUGCAACACGCGCACCGGCAACUCGUCAACUCGUUUUCCUUCGAUUAAGAAGCACAUGUCGACGACGAGUGUGCGAACAUAUCUGCCGAUCCCCAGAACAUGUCAUCAGCGAUGAGAAAUAUCUUGCCAAACUUUUGGAGAACAAGCGUACCCAAGCACGAAUCGGACGAUGUUGUUGGCGACGGUGCUACUGCCUAUGUCAAUGUCCACUUCCAUGUAAUGUUGCGAUGAAUGAUAUGUAACCUGCAAAAAAAAAUUCAAAUUCGCAACUUAUCCUGGUAGGUGGAAACUUUGAACUUGAUACCUUCAAAGCCCUGCCCACUAUCAAGGGCUUGGUACCAACGGCACGUUGGACGACCCAAGGUCCCUGACGCAUGGCGUCCUAAGAUCUGAAAGGAAAUGCAAAAACGCGUGAUAUUACCAGGGCGACUCUGGGGAUGAGCUUCAGACGAGAAUUUCGAAAAUGAUCGUUGCCAUGUAUGAAGCGACCAAGCAGGGAAUCCUGUUCGUUUGGAAUUUGUAAUCGAAAGAACAGAUUAGCUCCAGUAGGCGAUUACCGCAUCCACAGGGGCCGCGAGGACAUAAUAAUAUAUUAUCGAGAAAUGGCG